UGCGUGGAACUUAGCUGCGUCGCGAUGGUAGAAUUUCGAGCCGCGGUUUUCGAUUGCAAUUCUAUCUUUUGGUUAAUCGUUUCCGAUCAAAGUCCCAGGCGUGGGUAUUAACGUAGUCGACCAUCGUUGUGGUUAUUAGCGAAGCAGCGAGCAUUUUUGUUGUUGUUUACAAAGUGCAACGUUUCGAUAUACACGCACACAUAGUGCCCAAUUUGUGCAUCUUCUGAAAAUAGUGGGUAAAUCGUGUGAGAAUAACAGAUUCACGGCGUGUGGAAAUAGUGUCACACUGUGUGGAAAAGCGUGAAAGUGCUUCUUGCGUUCGCUUCAGUGAAGUUUCCCUCUGCACCAACCGCAGCACGCAGUAGUGCUGUCGUGUGCCUGGUAGUUGGUGCUAUUGUUGUGGGUCAGAGCGGAAGGGUGUUGCCUUUCCUAUCGCCUAGUUUGUGCGUGGUAUGGUGCUGCUGCAGCAGUAGUCGACUGCAGUGAAGCGCUCGCAGUGCGGGAAAAGUCAUGGUGCAGAAAGAAAGCUCCAGAAACGGGGUCACACUGCACAACGGCUGCCACACUAUCGGUGCACUGCGGAAGCUGUGAAAAGCGGGCCAGCAAGAAAAUAGAGCGCCCGAAAAAGUGCCUACACUACUGUCGUGGGGUUUAGUUGGGCCAUCCCUCUGGAUGCGAGUGGAAAAGUCACUGGUAGAACACAUUGGGUGGGAAAGCUGGACGGAAGCGCUAGUGCGGUGGUCGUAUGAAAACCGUGGCAAACGCGGGUAGCUUGGUGAAGCUGGCUCCCCGAUCGUAGAGUCCCCGGUGCCUGGUCGCAAACGCAUGGAGAAAGUUGCUGUCUUGGCGGGUCACACAAACAACAGCCGAGCCGCGCGGGAAAGGAUGUCGCGCCGUAAAAAUCUUGCCGGCCUGUGUGCAGCCACCGUCGUGUGCAUUCUGCUGCUGUACGCCAGCCAGCGGUACACAUCGAACAGCUACGGCACGGAGUACUUCCGGCCGCGGGAACGUCCGGCCAAUCUGCGAAUGCUCAACUCCCACAAGUACUACGGGUCACGAUCAUACGGUGGAGCUGGUGCAGGAAGAGGAGGAGAAGGGACCUCGUACGAUACGUACCCACCAAUGCCAACCGCACACAAUUCCACCAUCUCCAUGGAGGAUGUGUUAGGCUAUCAGCGGGCACUGAUCGCAGCCGAAUGUACUGACAGUUCCUACGGUGAUCGGAAGCUUCCGGACGGGUUGACGCCCGAAACGGGUGGCAAACCGACGCGCAGCAUCAUCAUCACCACCUGGCGCUCCGGUUCAACGUUCCUGGGGGACAUACUGAAUGCGCUGCCCGGCAAUUACUAUCACUACGAGCCGCUGCUCGACUUCGACAUCGUGCAGAUACGCGGCCCACCCAAUGACAGUGUCGCGCUGCACAAUCUGCGCCAUUUGCUGCACUGCGACUACACCGAGAUGGAGAACUACCUCGAGUUUGGCCGUACGCACAACUAUCUGUUCAGCCACAACACCCGGCUCUGGCAGCAGUGCGUCCGGUUUCCACAGUAUUGCUACGAGCCACGAUUUCUCGGACCGUUCUGUCGGUUGUUUCCCCGCCAGAGCAUGAAGGUGGUACGGUUGCGGGCCGCGCUCGUGACACCGUUGCUCGAGGAUGAAAGCCUUAAUGUACGUGUGGUGCUACUAAUACGAGACCCGCGGGGGUCGAUGCAGUCGCGAAAGCACCGUGUCUGGUGCCCCGGACGGCCGGAUUGUGAUGAUCCCAGUACGGUUUGCAGUGAUAUGCAGCUGGACUACGAGGCGGCAAUCGAGCUGAGCAAACGCUUUCCACGACGGUUUCGCGUUGUGCGGUACGAAGACUUGUCGCUGAAUCCGUACAAGAUGACCAAAGAAAUACUGCAGUUCUACGGGCUUCCAUACCAUCCGGAGGUGAAAAUGUUUCUCGACACGCACACCAAACAGGACGUUGGUGGCGUUAGUUCAACGUAUCGCGAUUCCAAAUCGGCCCCGUUCCACUGGACGAAGGAUCUAACGUUUGACGAGGUAAAAAUCAUCCAGGACAGUUGCGUGUCGGCAAUGCGAAGCUGGGGCUAUCGGAAUGCCACCAGCGACCGGGAACUGUACGACAACUUUAACCCACUGCUCCCGUACAGUGUUUCGUGAGAGCGCUGGUACCGAUCAUCGAACCGAUCUCUUCGAUUCGACUUCGACUGCAGUCGACAGCUUGUUAGCGAGUAAGACAAAGUUGGAAAUGCAUUAUCACGAGGAAUGUAAUGCCAAACAAUGCAUAUAAAAAAAAAAAAACAAUGUAGCAUCUGUGAUUAAAGGAGGCAAAACAAGAAACAGCAGCGCGGUCCAUUCAAGGGUCGUUGUUGUUUCGGUGCAUCGAGAACGACACUUGCCUCCGGUGGAUAGACACCCACAAGUGAAGGGUGGUUUGGUUUCAUUUGUUUGAGCCGUUCAGAAUAUUAUAGUAAGAAGGAAUAAAUAAGGACGAAUUAGGUUGUAUGUGCUAUAUUAUAGUUAUGCGUAACGACCGGCGUAUUACGUUUCCCUUUCUCCUCUUCAUCAACACCUCUCUUUUCAUGUGUAUUCCUUUACCGUUUAAAGACUGCAAUAUGUUAGGGUCCGGGUUUCCUUUUCCAAAUUCGAAUCCAUUGUAGCAAGAAAUAGGGCGAGUUCUCGUUGAACUAUUGAAACACACUUUACCACGUGUGCGGUGGUCUGUAGUGUAGUAUGUUGCACGUUUUGCGCAACUCGCAGCAAUAGAAGCGCUACUCGCAGAAGAACCCGUUAGAAGGUGUAUUUAACGAAACACAAGCAAAUGCGUAUAGAGAGUAAAAUAAUAUUAUCAAUAGGAACACACAACAAAGCACGCAGCCGCGGUUCAGAAACAAAAACAGCCUAGACUAGAGACCGGGAAUGAGAGAUGAUGAUGCGCGAAAGCCGGCCGUUUGUUGAGCUGAUGCAGCUCAUUCACUUAGAGUGCCUUUUUUGCUGUUUCACUACUAAAAUUAACAAACUGUUAGUACAUUAACACGGGAUCCAUCUCUAGGGAAGAUGAGAUGUUACAUCAAAAUCAUUCACACACAAUCAAUCUUUUCAAUCACCGAAAUAGAAGUGUAGGUAUAUUAUUAGCUAGAAGCGAAUCAGUGUCCUUCCGGUGACACGUUCGCGAUACUUUCUAUAUCUUUCUAUAUAUCAUCCACCAAACUCCGAGAUACACACCCGGGCGGGAGUCGACACGGUGUUUUGCAGAUACUUAAUAGAAUUUCAAUGCUGAUGUGUAAUUAAUAGUAAUCGCGUUACAAAACACACACACAAACGAUCGUUGUUUCGUUCCUAAUGCGAGACAGUAUAGACGCAUGUACAGCAUAUUGGUGGGGGUUUGUUUGUGGGCUGUGGUGGAUUCCACAGAUAGCCACAGACAGGCGGGCUCCGGGAGAUAAAAUUCAAUCAGCUAAGAAAAGUCUCUCUAAAAUUCAUGCGCAGUUUAAGCAGCUGCAAUGUAGCAGUUAAAGCGUAGUAACAGUUUGGUUUUAGUCGUUUAUACUCACAGCUAAAACGAACAAUAGCAACAGAAAAAUGCUCCAUUAUCUUUUUCAUUUAGCUCUUUUGUUUGUUUAGUUAUUUAUUAUUAUUAACCAAUUGUAAGGGAAAUAUCAGGAAAAAAAACAAGAAAUACUCCCCGCAUUUCAGACCAUAUCCCGUACAUGCACAAGUGUGUGUGUUUUAAGGAAAAUUCUUACCGAAAGUUGAACACGGCUAUGAUAUGUGUAGAACUAAUAACUUUUUAUGUUAAAAAUCGAAUUUAACGGUAAUAUGCAUUCAACCGGAUAAAACAAAAAACUGAUGUUCAUUGAGUUUGAAAAAAAAAAACGGAUUUUAGUGCGAAAAUAUCCAAUGCCGCGCGUGCAUAAAAAUAGUUCCUUUAACAAUGUGUUGUUUUUUUUGUCAAAUCGAUCCCAUUUCAUUUUUUUUUAAAUAUUACAUUGUAUCGGUAAAAAAACGCACGACGUUUUAAAAUGGAAUUGAUAUAGAAAUAGACAAAUCGGUAAUAUUACGAAUACAGCAAAAAGGCGGAUUCUGCUCAAAAUAUGAUUGAUGAGAUAGAGAAAGAAAAAAAAAAACAAA